CCUUCUCUCCAUAGCAACGCGACGCCGCUUGUGUUGGUAACGAAGACAGGAAAAGCAAAACGCUCUCAAUUAGCAAAUACUGCAGAUUUUAACCACCGGAUUUUAACGUCUGCCUAACAUAAGGAGAGAUGUAUGUCUAAGUGAUUGUAUCUGUUCCACUGACAAAAGUUUUUGCUUCGAGAUUAAAAUAGACCAGUUUACUUUGCGUUUGAGUGGUGUUCGCUGGUGAGACCAUGUUAAACGCUAGUGCCUCCUUCACCGUUGGGACUAAAGUGGAAAGUAGGAAGCAAGUUGCUCCAGUCGUAAAACACAUCAUUACAGACAGUGAUUUAGGAAUACGUGAAGGGGUUCCCCUUAAAGCUUUGGAGCUCAGCCAUGUGACAAGGCUAAUAGAAGAUCCUUACUCUUGCAAUUUGAAGGAAAGACAUCUUAUUGUGCUCAAGAAAGUAGUAAAAACAUAUCAAAAUGGCAUUCCUCUUAAAGAUUUGGUAGAAUUCUUUAAAAUUCUGAAUCUCUGUGCAGAAAAAGUUAAGGAGCACCCUGACUACAUUUUCCCUCUUUGUGAAUUACUUAAAUUGUGUGGGUUACCAUUUCUAAAGGAAAGGUCUUCAGAGGAGACCACCUUUGUCCAAAUUGUGACAGAAUCAAUUUCACAAAUGGGUUUCUUGAUGAGAGUGCCAAGUAACCAAGUGAGAAUCCAGAUCUGUGAUUCCAUUAUUAGUUUUUAUAAGCCAAAGAUUUCAAAACAGCAUGUUGAAGGUUUCCUUCCUACCAACCCAAGUUAUAAGGUACAAAUGGCUGAGCAGAGCGGUUUGGCAGAGACCCUGGUGUUGUCUCUGGCCUUACUGGAAAAUCAGUUUGAGGUGAAACUCAGAGUACUUCAGGCAUUGCAGAUGCUUUCUGGCUCUUCUGAGAUCAACUGUAGCCUAAUGCUGAAAGCAGAAGUUGCAAGCAAACUUUGUUCUCGACUGAAUGAUCGUGAUCCUUCAGGAGAACUUUUGUUUCUUUCUUCUGAAAUAUUGUGGAACUUACUGGAAAAAGGUUGCAAAGAAGAAGUAACUUCCCAGCUUUGCAAUCUUGACUGUAUUAAUGCUUUGAAAGAAGUAUUUCUCAACCAGCUUUUAAAUGGCUUCCGGCAUUAUGACCUACAACUUAGAAAUGACCUGCUUGUGAUCGCAACAGUAAUUACUGAAAACCCCAAAGCACCAAUGAUUGAAAGUGGGUUUGCUAAACAGCUCAUCUUGUUUGCAACAUUCCCUGAAGUUAAAAGCCACAACCCACUGGUCCGCAGUCUGAAACUUUCCUUUAAAAAUGAAGACUUUGAGAUGAAGAAGCUGCUGUUUAACCUACUUGUUGUCAUGUCCAAGGAUCUGUCUGCUAUACAGUUGUUCACUGAGGGUAAAGUCCUUUUGUCACUGUUUCAUUAUGUUAAACCAAAUGAUAAGCCUGGACCCCGAGACUGGUCUGCCGCCCAGUAUGAGGAACUGCAGCUUCAUGCAUUGGCUACACUGGCCACAGUUGCUCCUUUGCUGAUUGAUGACUAUAUGACCUGCCAAGGAAAUACUCGUCUGCUUCUGUUACUUGAAUGGUGUGUAAGUCAAGAUGCCUUCUUUGGUCAGGGCAACAGCUUUCAUGGUACUGGUGGCCGGGGGAACAAGAAAUCACAGAUGCGCUAUUGUCUUAGACUCCUGAGGUCUGUGGUGUCUCUGAGUGAUGAGACAGUAAACCACGAUCUAUGUGAUCAAGGAGCAUUGGACCAGUUGCUGGGAAUCCUAAAGAAAACAGUAGGGGACUCUCAAGAGGAAGAUACCAUUUCACUAGAAAUUAAGACUGACAUUUUACUGAUUGCGUCUACACUUUGUGAAAAUGAUCUUCAUAGAAAGGAACUGUUUGGUUCUGGUGGAGUAGAAAUAAUAAUUACACUUUUAAAGAUGGACCCAGCAAAGUUCUACAGCGGCCUUGGCCACAACAGGCUCAUUCUUUCAACAGUGGAUAGCAUCUGGUCCUGUAUUGUUGGGUGUUAUACCACUGAAGACUUUUUUUUGGAAAAAGGGGGCAUUUUUCUUCUCCUGGAUUUACUUGCUUCAUGUCCGAAAACCAUGCACAACGUGAUUCUUGGGACAUUGCUUGAGUUUUGUGAUAAUCCCAAGAUUAUUUCACACAUCAACGCAUGGAGGGGGAAGAAGGACAUGACAGCAGCUGUCCUCCUGGUGCGUCUCUGGAGGGAAGAGGAGAAUGAGCUGGGAGUCAGACGAGAUGAGCAUGGGAGAAUUGUAGAUGCCAAGAAACCUUUACUCUGCUCUUACCAAGAAGAGGAGAAAGUGGUGUCUUUACCAGCCAACAGUGCAAGUGCAGCAGUGAUGGAUGUAUCUGAAAACAUGAGGGCAAAGAUUUUUUCUGUUUUUUGUAAACUGGGGUUUGAAGACCUGGCUGGUUUAACAACAGAAGAUUAUGUCACACUUGCUAUCAUAAGCAGAUAUCUGGAUUUUAAGCUUGGAGAGGUGUGGAAUGAGAUUUCUAGAGAGCUUGAAGAAGAAGGUCUUAGACCUGUCACCCCUGAUGUGGAAGCAUUGGAAAGCAUUGCAAAGGCUGCAGAAGACGUGGGCAGGAAAGUUGCUACCCUGCAGGCUGACAUGCUAGAAAACCAGCAGCAACAGGACCUCCAAGAUGAAAAGAGAAUAUAUACAGAGAUACAGAUGAACCACCAACAGUACGAACUGACUAAUAAAUCAUGGGACGCGUAUGUAGCAAGAACAUCAAACUAUGAAAUAUUGAAGGAUGCUAAAAGUCUUCAGAUGAAAGCCAUAGAGUCAUCCAAACCCAAGAUGAGACAGCAAGAUGCAGUUUUUCACCCGAUUCAGGAUACAGGUCUACAUACAAAUUUCUGUGGCCGCCUGGUGACGGUGGACAGCACGCCAGCCCAGCUAACAGGAGGACCUUUGGCAAACACAGACCUUGCACUGGAGCAAGUCUCCAUCAGAGGAGGGGCUCUGCAGAAAACUAAGGCAGCAAAAGAGAUGGAGCAAUACCAGAUGGGUUCGAUAUCUGUCAAAUAAAUGAUGUAUUGGUAAUCAUAGAAUUCUUAGUAUUGUAUAUCUUUAAGUACUGUAUUUUGUUGUCUCAGUUGACACUUGUGUAUAAUGAGUCUUUGUUUAGUCAUACAAUUAUUUAAUUGUUAGUUCAAUUAAUAAUGAGGAAAUUACUCUGUGUUGUGAUUCAACACUUAUACUUUAUGUGAAUAUUAAACCGUGUGAGCUUUUUGCCUCUGGGUAGAUUCUGUUUCUGAGUGAUUAUCCCAAGGUUAUUUAUCCGUCAAUUCUGGAUGUAUCUUUUUUCAUUUGUUGAACAGCUGUUAAAUAAGCUGGCAUAAAUGAUAGUUGUAAAAAUAUGAAUUGUGUUUUCCACAUAACAAAUAUGCUUUUUUCCCCCAUUGUAUAAACAUUUGGGGAAAGUAAGCUUUAAAUAAUCUUUGAAUAUGGUAAUACAUUAAUAAGUACCACCAGGAUAAGCCUCAGCUGGAUUUUUCUUUUAAAGCCUUUUUUUGAAAGCAGUAACCAUGAAUUCUAUCAGACACCUCUCCAUGGUUAUUUGGUGGUUGAUGCAGUUCAGGUAAACAAAAAUAACUGACAAACUUAAUGCAAUUUAAUUCCCAUUUCCCAGUGAUGAAGUGUAUUUAAUAAAUACAGCUGGUUUUUUCUAUCAGAAGUCUUUGGAGCCGUUUGUGAGUGCACAUUUAUUCUGUGGCAGUGGGAUAUCAUUCUUGCUUGAUGACUUUAAAUAAUGUAGGGUUGCACGCUACACAUUCUCAAGGAUCCUUUCAGGUCAUUGGCAGGUUUUUUUAUAUGGUACCUCACUGAUAAUUAGAUUUGCUUUAUAAUCUAGCUAGUAUUAUCUUUUAAACAUUUCUACUCUAGUGUGACGGAGUGUCCCGCCCCUAUUUAUUAUUAUUUGUAUUAUUGUUUGCGGCGCGGAUAACAGCGCCGCGUCUUUUGUUAUUGUG